AUGUCCUCUCUCAAGCACCGCAUCUCGGCGCCACUAGAGGCCGGGACGUCAAUCCUCGACGCCCAAACCCUCCCGUCCCACGUGAACUCGGCCUUGGAAUACGUCUCGAGCCGCCUUGCCCGCAAGGGCCUCCACAUACCACUCGUCGUCGUCAAGAGGGAAUGCGAGCUUCCCAAGGACGAGACCCGCGCGUCCAUGCCGCCCCAGCCGGCAGAGCUGCCCGCAGCACCGCUUCCACAAGCUCCCAAGAUGCCCGACGUCGCACCUUCGCGGGCGGCAACCACCGGUUCAUCAUCGCGCAUGUCUGCCUUCAAGCUCAAGCAGCUGAGGGCGCGGUCCAAUACCCAGCCGCUGCUGGCUUCACAAAGGAGCGCCGCCGCAGUGGUACCCGACAUGCAGAGGCGAGCUUCGGCGGAUAGCCCUGGUAUCAACAUGGUCACGAGGCAGCAGCCGUUGCGGCCGCCACCGCCCGAGAGCCCCGGUCUGAUCCCCAGCAUGCCGUCCACACCCUCCGCCACAUCUACCACCAGCAGCGCCGCUUCGGGGAGCACGCAGGCGCCCAACGAGUACGGCAUCUACCUGGUGCGGGCGACGGCGCUGGACAGCAGGGCGGAGCGGACGCUGCGCGAGACCAUCGACAAGGCCGAGCGCCGAUUCGGCAUCGGCACCGACUGGCUCCACUUCCCCAUGGAGCCGGCCGAGGUCAAGGCGACCGAGGAGCUGAUGAGACGGUCGCUCAGGCAACGCGAGGUCAUGUUCUCCGCCGAGGGCCUGACCCUGGUCUCGCUCGACCGGCUGUACACCUUCAAGAAGGCGCUGGCAGCCUACUCGCGCACAGACAACCCUAUGCGCCUCGAGGACGCCGUCGACGAGCUGAGGAGGUACGUCCUCGCCAACGGCAGGCAGCCGCUGCAGCGCACCGACCUCGUCUCGGCCUAUGCGCACGUCCCCUUUGCCGAGAUGGGCCUUCGCGACGUCGCCCGCAUGUACCGUCGCGCCUACGGUGGUCCCGCCGGCGAGUCGGGUAUCGUGUGCAAUGGCAUGAUCAACUACGUCAACGCCAGCGACGGCUCCAUGUCCCUACCCAUGGCGCUCGCCUCCAACAUUAACGACACCAACAAGAGAAACACAAAGUUCAGGGUUGGGAACAGCACGUGCGGCAUCUGCGACGAGGAGCACUUCCUGGUUGCGGUCCCUGAUGACCAAGUUUCGCCCAUCACGCCAAAGGCCAUGACGGCGGGCUCCCUCGCCAAGGUCGGAGUUGCCGAGCCUGCGAGGCCCCAUGUUGCCGAGCUGGAGGCGCCAAUGGAUGCGUCUCUGCUGGCUGGAUUCCAGUUCACCGCGCCUCACACACCGCCAGCUCCCAGGCAGCCACCCAAGGUACCGGUAUUGAGGCUGCAGACGUCCUUUGACGAUGGGCCCGUCAAGGUGCCUGUCAUAGACCUAGAGUCGCAAAAUUCGGCCGAGGAGGUGGCCAUCGGCAUCGCCAUGACCUGCGAUGAGGCCAUCUACAGCGACAGCGAGUCCGACUCGGACGGCUGCGAGCUGGGCGACUCCAUUAUGAGCUUUUAUAUCGACGAGAGCGACCUCCCCACCGCCAGGCCUACCGAGUAUCCUCCGCAACUGCCGCCGUGGAAAAUGACGCCGGCCUUCUCCAUCGACGAGAUCCUUAACCGGAGGCUGAGCUACUGCGCCCCUGCGUCCCCUGCCGACGCCCACCUCGGCCCGCCCACUCCAAAGGGUUACGAUGAUGUUUCACCCAUCACCAGAAACGAGUGGGAGUUUCUCCGUGCGACAGAUGCAUGGAAGACUAGAACCGCGGCGGUAGAGACUUGUUAG